UGAUACAUGUCCCCUAUUUUCUACAGAUUAUACAUGUCCACUAUUUCCAUACUUGCUUCUGUCGUAUUGCCCUUAUCCCAUUGGUCCCAUUCCUUGCAAUACAUUCUCUACUCCCCCCUGUUGAGGGUAAAGUUUGUCGAGUUUUAGGUCGAUCUCACGAGGUCACUGUGUUGUAGAAUAUUGUAGUCACUUGCAGUCCUAUUGAUAAGUAAACGUAAGCACUAAUGUACUUAGAAUGAAUGUCUCCACUCAACUAUUAGCAUUGUCUGGCCAACUCUCAACUGAGUCUUGGGGAUUCGUGACUGUCUAAGUGGCUCAGGGAAGCCAUGUUUCCAUAUUCCAAUGAGCGCUAUUAGUGAUGGACUGCGAGGCAGACCUUGUUAACUAACCCAAUCCAGUGAAGUGCUGCAGUGUCACCGGGACAGAUGGAGCACUGAGGGAUACCAACAGGAUUGGACUUCAAUCAGCUCACUAAACACAUCCAGCUUCGUUCAAGAGGCUGCCAUCUUGUAUGUGUGUCUGUCUGAGGUAGUAGCUUGAAGUUACCAGUUCCGUCUGAGGAGAUGCUCCCAGCGCGAGGCUAACACUCUUUGCUGGCUUCAUGCUGGAAUAUUACAUUCUGGACCUUGUCUAGUCCAUGUUUCAGGUCACAUACCUCACCUGAAGGGGGUUAACUCUCCAAUACUGGCUCGAGUUAGCCCCCCGUCGUUUCCAACAAACCUUUCAUCAUGUCGCUCCUGCAGUGGCAGAAACUGAGUCCCACGGAGUUCCACCAGCUCCAAGAGUACACGUCAUAUUCUUCCAAGAAGUUGAAAGAUGUUUUGGGAGAGUUUAAAGAAAAUGGUGCUCUCAGUAAAUAUAAUCCUGAAGAACCCAUUGAUUAUCCAGGCUUCAAGUUAUUCAUGGAGACCUACUUGGAAGCUGAGAUACCAGAGGAUUUGUGCAAACAUCUUUUUUUGUCAUUCAUGAAAAAGGCAGCAAAUGCUACAGCUGUUUCAUCAUCGGGUAAGGAUUUCCAUGUGAAGGACAUGGCCUUGGUAGCCUCUCAAACCAUAUGUGCCCCAUUGUCCACAGAACUUCACAUUGAUGGCAAGAGCACAGCUGACAGUCGGCACCACAGUCUACUAGCAGAGAAACUCCAUGGCCUAACUGAAAAACUUCAUGGUCUAGGACAUGUUCGUUCAGACAGCAAUGCUGGGGACUCUGGCAAGAGGAGCCGGGCAGGCUCAGCAUCAGCAGCCAGUCAUCCUUCAGUAGCAGUAGCAGCCACAUCCUCAUUAGACAAGAACCACCCUGAUGACUCCACUCCACCAGAUGUAUCCAAUCAUUCAAGAUCAUCUUCUAAAAAGUCAAACCAUAGCAUACACAGUGUGCACAAUAAUGGUCCAUUAUUAGAUGGCACAGAUCCAUGGAUACGUCAGUCUAACUCAUCAUUAUUGCGUACAAAUAUUGACUUGAAAGCUGUACGCAAUCGUUCAAUGAGUGUAGAAAUCAAAGCAGGACAUAUUUACCUUAAAGACCUUGUCUGUUAUCUUUCGCUGUUAGAAGCAGGACGACCUGAAGAUAAACUAGAAUUUAUGUUUCGUCUUUAUGAUACUGAUGGCAAUGGUUUAUUAGAUGCUAGUGAAAUAGAUUGUAUAGUCAAUCAAAUGAUGUCAGUGGCUGAAUACUUAGGCUGGGAUGUGUCCGAGUUGAAACCUAUCUUACAAGACAUGAUGAUAGAGAUAGACUAUGACUCUGAUGGUACAGUCUCACUGGAAGAAUGGAAGAAGGGAGGAAUGACUACUAUUCCAUUAUUAGUACUUCUAGGGUUAGAUAUAAAUGUCCAAGAUGAUGGUACUCAUGUGUGGAGAUUAAAACACUUCAACCGUCCUGCCUAUUGCAACCUGUGUCUUAACUUACUUGUUGGACUUGGCAAACAAGGGCUGUGUUGUUCCUUUUGUAAAUACACAGUUCAUGAGAGAUGUGUCCAGAGAGCACCAGCCUCUUGUAUUACUACUUAUGUCAAGUCAAAGAAAACAUCUCAGGUAAUGAACCACCACUGGGUGGAAGGGAACUGUGCUGGCAAGUGUGACCGCUGUAAAAAGUCUAUCAAGUCUUACAAUGGUGUCACUGGCCUACACUGUCGCUGGUGUCAUGUCACACUUCAUAACAAAUGUGCCAGCCAGAUGAAACCAGAAUGUGACUUAGGGGAAUACAGAGACCAUUUAUUGCCUCCCACAGCUGUAUGUCCUGCUGUCCUGUUUAUGUCGGACUCUGAGAGCCAUGAGGGACUACACGAUAGAGGACGGGUCAGUAGUGGCAGUGGUAAAACUAGUUUAGAGAAUAACAGAACUGAAGACAGCAAGUCACUGACCCAGCUGUCAGACCAGGCCCAGUUUGAGCUCCCUAGUCCUGUCAGUCCGGGUCAAAGUUCAUUUCAAAUCACCCCAUUAGAAGGAACACAUCCAUUAUUGAUUUUCAUCAAUCCUAAAAGUGGUGGUAAACAAGGAGCUAGAUUGUUGAGGAAAUUCCAGUAUUUGUUGAACCCUCGUCAAGUGUACAACAUGGUCAAAGAAGGUCCUUUAGUGGGGCUUCAAUUUUUCAAAGAUGUGCCUAAUGCAAGAGUGUUGGUCUGUGGAGGAGAUGGUUCUGUAGGCUGGCUCCUAGACACCAUGGAUAAAGUCAACUUUGCUCAAAGACCUCCUGUCUCUGUGUUACCACUUGGUACUGGCAAUGAUCUAGCAAGGUGUUUAUGCUGGGGUGGGGGGUAUGAAGGAGAGAACUUGCUCAAGGUGUUGAAGAAAAUAGAAACCAGUACAGUAGUCAUGUUGGACAGAUGGAAGAUAGAGUUCAGUAAACCUGAAGAUGAAGAUGAACAAGAAGGGGAUCCAAUUCCUUACAACAUCAUCAACAACUAUUUCUCUAUUGGUGUGGAUGCCUCCAUAUGUCAUAGAUUCCAUGUUAUGAGAGAAAAACAUCCAGAAAAAUUUAAUAGCAGAAUGAAAAACAAGCUGUGGUACUUUGAGUUCAGUACUUCAGAACAGUUCUUCUCAUCCACAUGUAAAAACCUUCAUGAGGACAUUGAUAUUAUGUGUGAUGGCUGUUCAUUGGAUCUGGCUAAUGGUCCCAGUCUUGAAGGCAUUGCAAUACUCAACAUCCCUUCUAUUUAUGGUGGCACCAAUUUGUGGGGAGACAACCCUAGUCAAAAAAAGAGAAGGAAAGCUCAGAAAGCGAAAAAAGACAAGGACAGAGAAUUCUCCACAAGUAGCAUGUCUUCAGCAGAGUUGGCAAUAGCUGUUCAAAAUGUUGGGGAUGCCAUGAUAGAAGUGGUAGGCUUAGAAAAUAUCUUCCAUGUUGGUCAAGUGUAUGCUGGGCUAAGAUCAUCUGGGAAACGUUUGGCUCAGUGUUCUCAGGUGGUCAUUAGAACUAGAAAAAGGGUUCCAAUGCAAAUAGAUGGUGAACCCUGGAUGCAGCCCCCUUGUACUAUCUACAUCAGUCACAAGAACCAAGUACCAAUGUUAAUGGCACCACCAUCUAGUAAGAAGUCAAAACUGUUUAAAAUAUUUAAGAAAUAGAAGAAUGACCGAAUGAAAGACAUUUGUGUUGACAUUCAAACUAGUGACACAAUCAUUUCAUUGAGUUCCUGAACAAGCAGCAAAUCACUAUCAAUGUUUUAUACUUCUGAAAUGUAUUGUUUGUGUAUCCACAUUGCUAGAAAUAACUUGUGACUUCAAACAUCUCUGUUUACAACUGUCCUAUUCUUUCAUCACCUUCAGUUAUUCCAGAGGACAAGAGAGUUGUGUUGAUUAGAGAGUUCAUGAUCAAAAGAAUUUUUUAUUUUCAGUACUAACAUGUUUUCUAUUUCACAACUUAUUUCAAAUUUGUGCUCAGUUGAUAUUAAACAUUUUGGCAGCUUUUUGAAGUUCACUUUGGCUAACAAAAAUUCAUCAAAUUCUGAGUCUGACUAACAAGAAAGGUAACCAAUGUCUUGGUUGUGACUCAGAUCUCAUUGCUUGGUGUGUCUACUCUUGUUUCUUUCCCAAACAGCAGUUUAAAAUCAAAAGUUGGACUUUAACAAAAUGUUUGACCUUUGAGUGUAAAUUUAUCCGUCUUUAUAUUUAGUUCACAAAGAUAAUAUAUUUGUCUGAUUGGUGGAUGUACACAUAAUAUAAAGAAUUGGCUGGCAUAUGGCAGUUGAUUUAUUGUUAAGAAUACCAGUUAGUUUGUUUUUCACAUCAGGUUUGGUAGUUCUUCCAAUAUGUUUAUUCUUAUGUAUAGGAGAGAGAUUCACAGCUAGUGUGUAUUUGAAAGAGACUCACAGCUAGUCUGUGUAUGUUUGAUAAAACACUUCCCAGCUAGUCUGUGUAGAUAAAAGUGAAUGUACAUGGUUCACUGGGUGGACCAAGUGUGUUUUUAAUGUCUAUUUAUAAGUCAAUAUUUCAAUCUCUUAUCAAAAACCAUUUUAUAAUUACAUCACUUAGCCCUAAUUGUUUUUAUUUAAUGAUUUCAGUACAUUUUAUUUUGUGUCUGAAUACACUUUGUACUAGAAUCCAAGAAGAAUCUCAAGAAAUGUUCAAUAUUGUCAUUACUACUGUGUGAUGAUGUAAUAUUGAAACAUCUCCCUAUGGUGUUGAACUGUGUGAUUAUGUAAUAUUGAAACAUCUUUCAAUGGUGUUGAACUGUGUGAUGAUGUAAUAUUGAAACAUCUCUUUAUGGUGUUGAACUCUUGUGAUACUUGCUGGAUAAACAUCUCUUGUUUUUAUUUCAGUUUUUGAGUUGAUGUACAUCAUUUAUUAUACAAUGACCAUCUGCUAUUCAAUAGCCUUUAUGUGCAUUUCUGUAGUGUCUAUGUCAAAGGUAUGUUACUUGAAUGUAUAUCACUUGAAGCUACUGAGGAUGCAUUUGUUGAUUUCAUUACAAUGACAUUAAGAUAAUUUUGGGCAUCACGUUUAACACUUUAAAAAAAAAAGAAAAGGACAGAUGAAGCAAUGUCAUACCAUAGUCCAAAUUAGUUCUCAACUACAAAAUGAAGUGCACUCCUGUUGCCUUUAACACCUGCAUUGGUUUGUCCCCAGUUGCAUGGUUGGGUUUUUCUCUCUAGUUGCAUUCUUUCAUGUAUAUGUUGCUUUCAUAGUUAUUUUGUGACAAUAUGGUAUGCUACCUGGCAUGGAUUAUAAAUAUUUACUCAUUGAAGACAUGGUAUUAACUUCAGAGAGUUCUCAUGACCUUUGUAAUUAGAGGCUGUAGUUUUGUUCUCAGGAUAUGCUGCAGGUUACUAGUUCUGUUAUCUAGUUAGUUAUAUCAACAAAACAGCAGAAACAUAUGUUCUUGAACAAUAAGACUAAAAUUCUAAAAGUCACUUAGUUCCAUAAUAAAUGAGUGUUUAGUUUUGCUGAAUGUACAUCUACAACUGUUGAUGAUACCUUUACUACUGUACCUGUUCUUGAAGAAAGCCUCAACUACUGACUGCAGCUAGAUGCUGGUCUCUUGUGUUAGGUACUUCAAGGUUGUGAUGCUACACUUGUGUGAUCCAUGUUUAGAAAUUAAAUAUUUUAUUAGUGCUACCUUAUGCUGGACAUAGGUAACAAGUAAAGACUUAGAAAUUAAGACCUCUCUUACAGACAAAUAAACAAUAGAAGCUCUGUUAUGUCAAAAAAGAAAUAAUUUUUUUUUUUGUAAGUUUGUGUUUUUUUAGCUUGUCAAUGCAAUUUCUGUUUGGUUGUUAGUUUUAAAAUCAAGAUGAAAUACUUUUACUUUUAUUUGGCCUGGAUGCCUUGGUCAUUCAUCACAUCGUCUGUGUACUAUAUACAUUAUACUUUCUGUUGACAUACUAGAAAAGUUGCUUUGAGUUUCUUCACUUGAAGUGCAAAGUCCUACAUUGAUACUUCCACUAGUAGUACUCUUAAUUCAUACAGAAUUAUCCCUUACUUUAUUGUUAGUAUGGGUAGCCUGCUUAACCUUAAUUCAUACAAAAUUAAAUAGUUUCCCUAACAUCUAGUUAUAUUUAGUGAUUUUUGGAAACUACAUUACAGAGUUAUUGCCCUUUUUUAAACCACAGUUUUCUCCCUCCAGUUAAUAACAACUGGUUGAAUCAAAACACAUUGUCACUAAUGAGCAAAACCCAUUGAUAGGACCACUAACAUUUAGAUAUCACAUUGAUUGAAUACAAGUAUCAGCAUUUCGUUACAUAUAGACUUGUACUACAAGUUGAAAUGAUUGGGUUCAUUGAUUCAGUCACAACUUCCAGUUUUUAUGAUGUUCAUCAAUCCUGUGAACAAAUAUUUACAUACCAGAAAUAGUUACAAUAGAAGAAAACAUGUUCACUUUUGUUCCUAUUAAAAUUGUUUUAAUGGCUUUUAAAAUGUACUUGAUUGGUUGUUUGUUUGUUUUUUUUUCUUUUUCUAUGUUCUAUUUAUUACUAAGAAUUAUUGGUAUAAAAAUAAACAUUUAUAAUGCCAAGUUACUUUAAAAAGUAAAAAUGAAAAACGAAUGACUUUUGUUGAAAUGUUUGAUACAGAAGACAUGCUUUUUAUAUUGUGCUUUAAAGACCAUCAUUUUACUGUGUAACAUUUUCUCCCCCUGUGUUCUGUCCACCCCCCCCACCCCCCCCCCCCCCCACCCCAAGCUUUUUGACUUUGUUCAAUCAAUGCUUUAGAGGGAAGUACACUUUCUAUUCCUACAGCUAGGUCAUACAAUACAUGUACACAUAAACACAUGUUUGGCCACUAAUAGUCAGCCUGGUUGAAGUGUUUCCCAAUCUUGUGUUCUCUUACUGUGUAGUGGAAAGAGAUGAUGCAACCACUUGAAACGCACUUUUUAUAUAUUUGACUUUAUUUCUAUUUUUUUAUUUCAUACUUGACUUGUUUUAUUUAUAACUUCACCUAAGCUGAUUCUUUUGUUUAUAAAUCAAUCAAAACAGAAGUUUGGUUUGUUUUCUUUGUUUUGGUUUUAUUGCCUAGUGGGCUACUUAGCCACAAGAUUCUGGGACAACAUUGUGAUUUAUUUGCACCAACAAAACCAAGUUUCCUGUUUACAACCUACUUUCCCUAAUUUAUAUCAAUAUCUAUUUUGACACAAAAAUAUGAACAAGUCAGACUAGACGCUAAUCCAAUCUUUAUGGAUGCUAUUUCAAUUAUUUCAUAGGACUUUAGUUAGUAUUAUGAAAUGAUCUUGUACCAUUAUGAUAUAAUAGUAUUGUUACUCUAUUACAUUACACAAAUCACUAUCAUAAAAGCUAUUGUUACAGUGCAAAAGUAUUAUGUAAUCACUGUAUCAUUAUACCAGAAUGAUAAAUUGGUAUUGUUGCAAGAUAAAAGAAUGGAAUUGUACUGCUGUGCUCUCUCUAUAACAGCUGUGCUCCAAGUCUUUUCAUGUUCACAUCAAGAACAUAAGUUUAGUUAGACCUACAUACAUUGUGCAACUAGAAAUACAUAAAAUAGGUCAUGCUAGAAUCAAGUUUCAAUCAAGUUAAUGUAAAAAUAUAAAGUCUCAUUAUUACUCUCAGGAAUAUAUCAAGUUUUAAUCUUGCUCAGAGUUAGGAAUAUAUCAAGUCUCACUCUGUUAUGGAUAUAUCUCUAUUUCGCUGAGUUGCAAGGACCCUGUCCACUCCAAACACUCUUCCAAUAUGUUGUUACUAUUGUUACCGGUAUUUGAUUCAAAUCACAAAACAUUUUGUCCUGUCCAGUCAAUAAUUUAAGUAAGCAAGGUUAAUAGCUAGUAACAAGUCAUGUCUAAUAAGCCUACCUUUAUUUAUUUGUGCAAACUGUUGAAUCAAAGGUGGGCAAGAAUUUAGCCAAUAAACAUUUGAAAUGAUCGCCUACGUAUAAGUGCUUCAUCAUGACAGGACUAUACUUCAACUAUGUAUAAUGUCCUACAUCAACUCUCUUUGUGUCUCUUUCUCUUUGUGUGUGUGUCUCUCUUUCUUUGUGUCUCUUUCUCUCUUUUUCUUGAAUGAAGUUCAACACUGUUUGCCUUCACAUUUCAAGUUGGCCUUUUUUUUUUCUUUUAAAUAUUUCCAGAGAUUCUCUGUAUUUGUACAAAUAACUUUUGCUUGUAGUCUUUGAAAAUGUGAUUUGCUAAGAGAUACAAAUGAGAGCACUGAGAGGACUUUCCUAACAUUUAGUUAACAUGAUACAAGGAAAAUGCUUUUAUUCAGUGUUCAUAGCUUCAAUAAAUGCUAAGACUAUUAUGUAAAUGGAUUGAUAACUUUUCUGUACUUUUCUAAAAAUAAAAAAAAAAUAACAGUUUAGAUGGUAGAUAAUGAACCUGUCUUGACAAUCUUUUCAUGACACUAUUUGUGUGAGAUAAGUUGCCAUAUAAUACAGUAGGCCUACAUACAAAUGUUCAGUUGAGAUGCAAUUGAUUCUUGCAUAAAAUACAACCACUGGGUAUGAAACAUGGGACAUGCAUUACAAACAUAGAUGUUGACUUAGCCCAUAAUACGAGUACUUAAUGACACAUACAACAAAGAGACUUAGCCCAUAAUACAAGUACUUAAUGACACAUACAACAAAGAGACUUAGCCCAUAAUACAAGUACUUAAUGACACGUACAACAAAGAGACUUAGCCCAUAAUACAAGUACUUAAUGACACGUACAACAAAGAUGAUAUCUUGUUACCUACAAUAAAUAGAGUGUACGAUUCCUACUUUUAUCAAGGCAUCUUUGAGUUUUGAAAGCCAGGCCUCCAGUUAUAGAAGAGACAAGUUUUGAGUGUUGUUUUUGUGCUACAUUCAAACAUUUCCUAUUGGCCAUUCAUAUUUGACUAUCAAUUGCCUUGAAUCUUGUAUUUCUAUGUUGUACUUAUGGUGUUUAUAUUUGCUUCACAUUCUAUUGAAAAGAAAAGGAAUAAAUAAAAAGAAUUCUCACUUGUU